GGCCAUCCGCUACCUGAGCAAACGCGCGUCCGGCUCAUCGGGGACAUGCUGCGCCAGGAGGGCUUCGACCUGGUGCUUCUCCAGGAGGUGUGGAGCGAGCAGGACUACAGCGACCUGAAGGCGAAGCUGGGAGGCUGCUACCCCUUCUCCCAUUACUUCCGCAGUGGGGUGUUCGGCAGCGGCCUCUGCGUCUUCUCCAGGUUCCCCAUCCUGGACACCCUCCUCUACCAGUACUCACUGAACGGGUACCCCUACAUGCUCCAGCAUGGGGACUGGUUCUGCGGUAAAUCCGUCGGUCUUGUCGUCAUUAAGAUCUCCGGGAUCGUCUUCAACGUCUACGUCACCCACGUGAGCGCGGACCCG